AUGGAGCGCAUCCAGCAUGAGAUAGCGAAGACAGACCCCGACGUCCCCUUCCGCGCCUUGACAACCCACAUCCACUACACCUGGGCCAAGACCUUCUCCAGCCGUCCAGAACUCUAUAUCAAACCCCAAACCCUCCAGGAAGUCCAAAAGGUUAUCAACCUUGCGCGAAAAUGCCGAAGGCGCAUAGUAGUCGUAGGCUGUGGACACAGCCCCAGCAUCCUCACCUGCACAUCGUCCUGGAUGGUCAACCUGGACGACUAUAGUAAGGUGCUGAAAGUGGAUAAGGCGAAGAAGACCUUGCUUGUGGAGGGAGGUAUUAGGUUAAGGAAGUUGAACGAAGAGGCGAACAGACAUGGUAUGACUAUGCCGAAUCUGGGCAGUAUUGACGAGCAGAGUAUCGUGGGAGCCAUCUCGACGGCGACGCAUGGGAGCACGCUCAAGCAUGGUCUGAUGUCCGAGUCGGUGAAGAGUCUGAGGAUCGUGCUAGCGAACGGGCAGGCUGUACGAUGUUCGGCGGAGCAGAACCAGGAGCUGUUCAGAGCAGCGCUGGUCUCGUUGGGCGCAUUGGGGAUUAUUGUGGAAGUGGAGUUCGAGAUGACGGAUGCGUGCAAUAUCGAGUGGACGCAGACGUUGGAGCCGUUGAGCAAGAUCUUGAAUACAUGGGAGACGACGCUCUGGACACAGAAGGAGUUCACGAGGGUGUGGUGGAUGCCGUACAUGAAGCGUGCGAUUGUUUGGUCGGCCGAGGAGACGGAAAAGCCUGAGCGUGCACCAGAGAGUAAUUUCUACGGUGGCGCUCUUGGGUUUCAUACGUAUCACAACUUGCUGUGGUUGUCGAACUAUAUCCCGUCGAUCCUGCCGUGGGUGGAGUGGUUCGUUUUUGGGAUGCAGUAUGGAUGGCAGACCGGCGUUACGACUUCUGCGGUCGAGCCACUUCGGUCUGGACUGCUGAUGAACUGUCUUUACUCACAGUUUGUGAACGAAUGGGCUCUGGACUUGGCCAAAGGUCCGGAAGCUAUCAAUCGUCUCUCCGCUUGGAUCAAUCGUGAAGGCGACAACGGGCGAAUACCGUUCGACAACGGAGGUCUGUACGUCCAUUGCCCGAUCGAGGUCCGCGUUUCGGAUACCUCGAGACACGAGCCACGACCAUUUCUUGACAAUACUUAUGCUCACGGGCCGACAUUAUACCUGAACGCCACGCUGUACCGUCCUUAUCUCAAGGACCCUCCAUGCCAUUACAGGUACUAUGAAGCUUUCGAAUGGCUGAUGCGAGAGCUAGAUGCUAAACCGCAUUAUGCUAAAAACUUCCAAUUUACAGGCAGCGAGUAUAUGACGAAGGCUUUUGGAGAGAAUCUGCAAAAGUGGACACAGGUCAGAAACGAAGCUGAUCCCGAGGGUAUGUUCUUGGGCGAGUGGCAUCGUCAAACGCUUGGUCUGGGAGAGGAGAAGGCUUUUGCCCUUAGCGAGCAAGAGAAUGAUAGGAAGCCGUUUAAACCUGGUAGCUGCAUUCUCUGGUCUGGCUCACUCUCUUCGGCUCCCGCAACAUCAUCAAUCGUGAAUGAGAAGGAACCUGGUCCUACUCAGAUGCGGGCUGCGCCCGAUAGUCCUAGUGCUUCGAGCAGUGGCGAGAGCUUCGAUAUGAUGCAUGGUUCUGAGGCGGAAAAGAGUAUCUUGUAUAACGGUGACGAGGAAGACGAUGACGGAGAUGAGACAGAUAGGGAUGAGAAGAGGUAUCACGGGCGUCCGACAAGUGGUUUAGAUGGGACGAGACCAUUUGAUAAGAUGUAG